UCAGUGGGAGAGAGCAUCCCAACAAAGGCAGCAGCGGGGAAACCCCUCGCGUACAGCAGUACCCUGUCCGAAACGCCGCGUUGACGAGCUAGUGUUGUCGCUGGCCUUCGCUCCUUGCGUGCCCCCCUUCGUUCUCGAACACGAGUGCGCGGCUGCUGCUGCGGUCGUCUUCGUUUUAUCUCCCGGUUGCCCUCUUCGACAAGCAAAGAGUCAGCAAGCGAGCAGCUGAAGGCCGCGUGCCGUGCGAGCUGAGGUCGUUCCUGAUUUUUUGUUGUUCGCAGCUGCCAAACACCUUCGCUCUGGCUGGAAAGGCGCGAAGCGUCAACGAUAUGACUUUCUUGGAUGUGAACGUGCGAAAUCCCAUCGUCCACCAAGUAAAAGGAGAUGUCUACACGUCAUAUGACAUUUCAAUUGAGACGAACAACAGCUGCUUCACAAUGUCGCGGUCGACGGUUCGAAGGAGGUACUCGGAGUUCGUCCACCUGAAAAGCCUACUCAAGGAACUGCAGCCUUCCUUGACUCCACCCCGCCUUCCAUCGAAGACGCUGAUGAAAAGAUUCGACGACAAGUUUAUAGAAAGCCGACGUGCAGGCCUCGAGACUUUCCUUCGAGACGUUCUGACAGAGCCGCUCUACCUUUCCAACAAGAGCCUGCACCUCUUCAUCCAGACCAGUUUGACCAUGAAGGAAAUCGAAGACGUCGUCAAAGGUGCAGAAGGCACCUGCAACCCGGAGACUAAACCGCCCAUAGUGCUCGCGCUCCAUGACGAAGUCUUUGACGAGACUGGUGACAGUGCGUACAAUUCCGCGGCCGAGGAAGUCGUCGCGGAAGGCAGCGCCACGGCUGCACCGCGAGGAAUCCUCCGCAAGACUGGUAGCGUCACCAUGCUCCACAGUUCCAAGUGCUGCAGCGGUGACGGCCACUGCCAUCUUCGCAUCGGCUCCAACAUCUGCGUCUGCACGCCGACGCUCUAUCCACCAUCUUGGGACAGGAGCGACGACAGCGGCAUUCUACAGAGCCUGCCCUGUCCACUGCCCAGUACUAGCACGCCCAUUCCGGCUUCGGAUGCCGCCAAGGACACCGGCGCCUGUGACGGCUGCCACAGCGAAGGCGCCAGCCCCGACCUUCGUGCCAGGGUCUCGAGGCUGCGCACGAGUGCCAGCGAUUCGUGCCUGGCGACAAUAGGCAGCAGCUUGAAGAAGCGCGUCUCAUUCUCGAGCGCCGUCGAAAUCAUCGACAGGGAGAAACACGGACGUCGCAGCGUGACGCUGUCGCCGCCGGUUCCUACCGCCUUCGUGGACGUCAAGACACUCCUUUCUUUUUGCUCCUCUUCGACUAGCGAACACACGUCUAGUUCCUGAGACGAGGACAACCGAUCACGUCGCGCAACAUUGCUCAGAGCAUUGUAUGGGCCUAUGCCGCGUUUGCAAACACGCGAGCCAAUCGGGAGCGCUGAACGCUCGCAGUGGGGCUGUUGUACCCCGCCUGAAGCUCGGUUCUAGUCACCGAAUACUCAUCACUCUAAAUUAACGCUCGAUAACGCGAGGUCGCUCACACGAUGCGUGUGGUCCUGCGUAAGCUGUGGCCAGCCCCUAGCACCUUCGACAUUUCGUCGCGUUUGUUCUCGAAAGUCGCUACAUUUAACGUCAGUUCAGGUGUAUCUAGCGCAACAAAGGUGCUUGCUACAGCGCACCCAUAAAUUGCGGCUGUAACACCACUGAAAGGCGCAUUUAGCUGUAUUUAUUUUUUUGCCAUGCGUAGCAUUUACAGCGACGUUUUUAGUGCAGACUUUACAUACAGCGGCAAAAUUUGCAGAAAACUAAGGUUAUCAAGAACAGUGAUACCUUUUUACAAAAACGGCAAUUUUUUUUUUUAUCCCAUCACGCGCGAAAUUUGUUGAUUUAAACGCGAAGAGCGACUUAUUGUAGUGAAUGGCUCACCUUGAGUUGUCGCAAAGCCCUGAGCUUGACAGGCGAUACCAUGUCCCAAACAGGCCGCAAUCUAAUAUGCUGCCUGAACUGUGAAUGCUUAGCGCCCGCAACUGGCCCGUGUGUUCGUAAAUGCGGCGUAGAUCUUGAUAGCGCUCUUAUAGAGUUGGCGACGUGCGUUGCACUGGUGGACUCCCUCGACUUUCUCGCACGUAUUUCUUGACGAGAAUCGUUUUGUGCCCCGUGAGUCUUCCAGCGUGUCAUCAUUGUCUCAUAAAUGCCGUUCGAACGUCAUUACAAAAGUGUUGAAGGGCACGCUGCGAUGUCCUUACAAUUUCACUUCACCACACGGACAACCACUCACGUACUAUGGUUGCGAAAUUUUUCGACUACUGCUCAUUGGCAGCUGUUCGACCUCAAUGUUCAUAGAAGGUCUGCUUGUGCUGUAUGUACUGGUCCCGUCCUCUGUUCCUGAUCGAUCGAUGAAUUUUGUGUGAAGAUCGACUUAAACAAGUAAACACGUGCGCGCAAAUGCAGGAGCUCUGUCGCUCGUGCAUUUCGCUGUGAUAUUUUAACAAGCUGGACAAUUAACUUUAUAUUAUACUGCGCGUUGUUCUGCAGACGUGGCAAUGUUGUGCUUUAGACCGAGAUAUUUCAGUGACUUGCAUGCCGUAAGAGAUGUAGCCUGUGUGACGCGUGUAUCUUUUUAUCUGCUACACUGAUGUACUGCUCUUUGACCCGUCUUUCGGCGAUCUGCAUGCGAGUGUUGCGUACACUGCCAAUAUUGACCGCGUUCGUUGUGAGGCUUCUGCAUGAGCUCGUUAUUGACGCUUUUGUCAGUUUUGAUUUUCACAGAGCAGUUUGAAACUAGAGCUUUCGAGAAUGCAAACUAGACUAGCAUAGACGUAUGCUAGAUAUUGACACCGUCCAUAGUGGAAGCACCGAGCACAUUGUUUCCUAUUGUUUCCUAUAGCUUGUAGAGUUUACGGGUCCUUGAGUUGUGCCAAAUUGUUUCCCGUCAUCUCGUGUACAUAGUUCACAUAUGGACUUUUAACCUUUUAACUUAAAUUCAUCACUGCGACUCCCUUACAUUGCGUAGUGACUGUGUCAUGCCACAUUUUAUACCGAGAACAUUUUUUUUGUUCUCAAAUGUUCGCGCCAUAUUGACUUUAUGUAUUUAAUAUAGAGAUUUCAUUUGCAAAUAAAGUUGUAGCGCGUGCAACCAU